UACAGGUGGAUGCACAGGUGCACGAGGGAUUGUUGGUAUUACACGGACUCACUCAAAUUGGCAACAAUUGAAAAGGUAUCCUUAGUGCUCCAACUCUCCUCCUUAUCCCCAACACACACACACACAAGUCAUCUCUGUUCUGAUUGGACAGCCAGUAUCAUACAAGCCUCCUGAUUGGUCAAAAAACAACUCUGAGCCUGGAACACAUGCAUAUCAGAGCAACAGCCAGCCAACGAUCUCUCCGCCAAUAAAUCCUACCCUGCCUGCAAUCAAAUCUGCCUCUCAGCUCAGACUUGCUUGACACUUCUAGGGGGAAAAGAAAGAAAAUCGUCCAGCUGUCCGUUUAGCCCCAAUGCAAGGAGUCUGAAAUGCGAUCCUACCCUUGAGAAGGAUUUGGCAAAUGUCGCGUGGCUGCCACGCUGGUGUAUGAGUCGCCCCCGACGAUGACAUGAAGCAGUGAAAAGUUUCAUUCAACUAGUAAAGGUCACGGCUCUCCGAUCAACAACUGCGCAGAUGAGGCUGAGAUAAGACGGACAGCACGUUUUUGAUCCGGGACGAGUGUUACGCAUGGAAGAAAUUGCUCAUAUCGAUGAUGAGGGUUGAGUAACGUGAGUUGACUGCUCUGGUUUGAUUGAAUAUUGCUUCAGCAGCAGCGACGAGGAGUGGAUGUGCUGCAGAACCGCCGGAGGAAGUCUUCUGCAUUGCUACGGGCCGUGCAGCUAAUCUCGUUAAGAGAGAUAUUAAUGAAUUGGAUUGGCAGAAGCAUGGGAAAUUAUUGAAAAUUCCUUGUGAUGGUGGAAAAUUGUAUUACCCUGUUUUUCUCUUUUUAACCUGGAGCUCUGUAAAUGAUAUGCAGAUUUGAUUUGAUGAAGGAUUGCUUCAACCUGGAGCAAGAAUUUAAAAUUUUGUGAUAUUUUUUUUCCUGGAAAUUUUUAUUCAAAAGAGGAUCAGUUAGGAAGAUAUCGAGGGAAAGAAAUGUGCUUUUUGAGGAAUAUUACAAAGAGGAUUACCAUGCUCUACUGAAGAGGAUUCAUCAAGUUUGUCAGCACAGCAAUCGUGUCAUCAAUGCAACCAUCCAAAUGCGGGGUGAUGAUUAGCAGUUUAUUAAUGGCUUUCUAUUUUGAUUCAUUGCUAUCGAGAAAUAAUUAGAUAAAGUGGAAGGAUAAAUAGAGAGGUUGCCAAUUUGAUGUAUAGCCCUCAUCUUGUAAGGAUUCUCCGUGUCACAAUGGCGCGAUCCACAAAAGUACACACAGUGGUAACUGUCUUUGUCACAGCCACAAUCACAUACAUGUUGAUGCAUUCAAACUGUGGGGACACGACGGAGAAUGUGCGAAUGGUGCCCGUCGAACCUCACAUCCUUUACGACGACGCAAACAACGAAUACACAUACCACCGGGAAAUGCCUCUCAUAUUCAUAGGCGGGAUGCCGCGGAGCGGAACGACUCUCAUGCGUGCAAUGUUAGACGCCCACGACGACGUGCGAUGCGGGGAGGAAACCCGCGUUAUACCGCGGAUACUGAGCAUGCGAGCUCAGUGGAUACGCUCUUCCAAAGAACACGCGAGGCUGCUCGAAGCAGGACUCACUGACGAUGUCGUCGACGACGCCAUCUCGGCGUUCAUGCUCGAGAUCAUCGCGAAGCACGGGGCUCCGGCGCCGCGGUUAUGCAAUAAAGACCCCUUUGUCCUCAAAUCUAUGUUAUACCUUCAUAAAGUGUUCCCGAAUGGGAAAUAUCUUCUCAUGAUUCGCGACGGGCGAGCGACAGUGCAUUCCAUCAUCUCGCGGAAAGUGACGAUAACGGGAUUUGACAUUACAAACUACAGGGACUGCCUGAAGAAAUGGAAUCAGGCAGUUGAGAGUAUGUAUGACCAGUGCCUGAGAGUAGGAAAGCAGUACUGUCUGCCAGUCUUUUAUGAGCAGCUCGUCCUCCACCCUAAGGAAUGGAUGGAGAAGAUCCUCACAUUCCUGGAUCUGCCCUGGGACGAAGCAGUCAUGCAUCACGAGGAACACAUAGGAAAACCAGGUGGCAUCUCGUUGUCAAGGAAAGAGAAAUCUACAGACCAAGUCAUUAAACCUGUCAACCUUGAAGCAUUGAGCAAGUGGGUCGGUCAUAUACCUGGAGACGUCAUCUCUGACAUGGCCAGCCUUGCCCCGAUGUUGUCCCGGCUCGGCUACGACCCCUACGCCCGCCAGCCCAGGUACGGCGACCCCGACCGAUUCGUCCUGGACAACGAGCAAAAGAUCGCUGACAAUGCAGCAGGAUUCAACGAAAACCUCAAGAGAGUUUACCGCGAGAAAGACAUCGAUCAACAAAUAGAAGGGCCCAGGGAUCCACGGCAAGGUCAACCAGCGCAAGCGAUGGACCAUCGGGAUCAGGGUGCGCAGGAUCAUUUUCCUAGGGCGCCCCCUGUUGACAGGAGAGACCCCAGGCAGUACGCGAGAGACAGGAGGAAUAAAAGAAGAGAAGGCCCGUAUCCGGUACCCGCAUGAUAAAGGGCCUGUAGAUUAGCUGUAGGAUGUAUAUAUUUAUAAAAUAUUUUAAUAUUUGGGAAUAAAACAGAAAGUGCCAAUGGUUUGCUUAUCGAGAGGAUGAUGAUGUGUACUCCAGCCCUUUCCUUUUUUUUUCAUAGAUCAGGUACUAGGUAGAAAAUAGAAUUUUAGAAGUUCUUUAGACCGCAUUGUAAAACAAGAAACAAAGGUUAUCCUUGUGUAACGUUAUGAAAAUAAUGACUGCGCAUUUUAGCCCCACUGAUCUUGUUUUAUGUGUUCCAUUUUCAUGUGAAGAUCCUACAUUUAUAUGUAUUUCUGUAUAG